CGUGUCUAUGUGUUAGCUCGCUUUCCUGUGGCUCUUCUUGCUUCCCUUUUAUUCCGCUACUUACCAAAAAAAUUUGAAUGGUUGGUUUUAUUGAAUUUACGUAUAUUCGCACCAACAAGUCGUAUUCAUUUCUAUGUUCGUAUUUAUUAUUUAUUCUAUGUAUAAAUCAAAAGAUUUUACGUACAGCUACUCGUCAGUUUCUAGGGGUUAGUUGUAUAGCUUCUUUUACUUCUCACACCCCUCACGACUCACGUGCAUACUUAACUCCAUCGUUAACCAAAUUUUCUUCUUCAGUUUCCUUCUAAUCCUAUAACUAACUAAUUAAAUAACUAGUCUUACAUCGUUUAGCAAAAAAAAAAACUAGUCUUACAUUUAGGUACGCCUCGUUUUUCGUUUUCCAAACAACGCAAGAUUCAUUUGUUUUGCUUUUUUUUUUUUUUUUCUGUCAUUAAGUAUAUAUAUGCUUGUGACACCUUUGUUUAGUACUCAGUACUCACUAUUCACUACCGUCACUGUUGUUUUACCGGCCACAAACAUGAUUAGCAACAUGAUUAGGUAUUCAUGUUUAGAUAUUUUUGUUGGAAACGAUAAUAGCAUCGACCCAUAAUAGAAGGUGGGCCCUUGAACUUGACUCUGACACCAUAUGGGGUUAUGGACAAUAUUAUGGACGUGGGCCAUUAUAAGCUAGAAGUCACGAGAACCUGAGUGUGUUUCCUCAAUGGUAAGUAGGCACUCCAGAGCGCUUGUUAUAAUCAUUCGAACCAAAAGCUCGCGCUUACCGAAAUAUAGCUCUGCCUGCCGUAACCAGGGACGGCCAAAACGAUGGUAUUUGAGCGUGUGUCGGCCUGAGGCAUGUUUCUUGCGUACACGCAUGUGUCUUUAUCUUAUAUUUAGUCUUUAAGGUUUUGUAUGGUUACGUACUCUUGUUUGUUUAAUAUUUUUAAAGUUACGUACUAUAUAUUUACGUCUUGUAUAUUAGUAUAUACUAUGAUCUUCUUUUUUUUGUUAGCCUUUUCGGUUUUUAUUAGAUUUUGGUGAUGAUUUCCCCACCAGGUUAUACCUUCUAGAUAACAUUUCAUAUCGAUUACAAAAAGAGGAAGUUUUUCGAGAUUAUAUAUAAUCUUUGGAUAUGAAUGAAGGAGUCCCACUCCUUUUUAUAAUUGUUUUGUUUUACCUUUUAUUUCCAGGUUAGUUGGUUACCCUUUUCCAUGGGUUUUUUCCCUCUCUUUUAAUAGAUUAGAUGUGAUUUUGUAGUUUGCCCUUUCUAUUUUUAAUACUUUUUAAAGUUUAUAAAUGGCCGACAAACAAAAAGUAUAUAAAUGCAUAUCUUGAAAACACCGUAGGUUGUCUUAUGUAUGUGGGCCUACAAAGCCCAAUCCAUUGCAGUCCGUAUUGUACAAGAAUUAACAAGUGAAUCGGUGGGCUUCAGAAUCAAGGCAGGCUUGUUAGUCAAGGCUCUGCUUCUGAUAUACAUUCUGCUUCUGUUGCCAACCAAGGUACUAACUUCAGGUCUGAACAAUUUUGUUUCGUUAAAGUACUAUUACACUUGGAAAUACUCUCAACUCUUAUGCCUUAUCUGGUUCUUAUUAUCGGACCUGAAGAGCAAUGGAUGUGAGUCUGCAUGUUGAUCAGCCAACAAGUUAUACUCUUUCCAAGCUGCGUGUGGAUGAAGUAUUUUGAGUAAAUUUUCUCUUUCCAAGUGGUUCCGUUGUGAAACAUGAAACGAGCCAGGAACUAGUGAAGCUGAGCGGUCAUUCGCCAACUUGCAGGAUCUAAUGGAGCAAUACAAUUCAGAAAAGCUUCAAUUGGAGAGUAUAUCAGGGAAACAUGUACAAGUGUUGAGUGCAUUUAUGAGUUCAUACGAUCAACUAAGGCUUACUUCAUGAGAAAACUGGCCAUCUCAGGAAAUUAUUAAAUGAAGCAGAGAAAGAGAUGGCUUAUUGUGAGGCUGAAACAGUAGAAUUGAAAGCAAGUAGUAGUGCUAUUGUAAGUGUAACCACUGGUUAAUUAAACUCAUCUUAAUUAACUCAUUAGUUUCAACACUACACUGCCGCGUCAGGAUAACUUUUGUAUAGACUAGUUGGACGAUUAAUUGAUCGGUGGCUGCAAACCUCGUGCCCGUAAACUUCUCUUAUGCAUCACUUUCAGGUUUAGAUUAGCCAAAAUCAGACUCCCCUUAUUUAAAAAAAAAAACUUUUUAGUGUGUUAUUACAUAAUGCGCUCAUCACAUGGUCAUUUGAUUAAAAGAGUAAUUAGAUUAAAACAAGACAAAACAUAUUUGUGUUGCCAAUAAUUAGAAAAAGGGAUUAAUUAUGUUAAGCGUCCAAGAGAAUGCCUUUCCACGUUGGGGGCACAUGCGUUCUCUUCUUUCUUCCCUUUUGUUCUUCUACCAAAACAAACACCAUUAUAGGCCCAAAUCCACAGAUAACCUACCAAAAUAUUUACAUCAAAAUAGUUCGACGUGAGUAAGAGAAAUGCAAGUGGUUCUACAUUUGAGAUUAGAACCAUAGAAUAAAACGUCCUGCCAACUGUUCCGAUAAAAAAAUAUGGAAUACGUUCUGAAAUUACAUAAAAUGGUCCGAGAAAAAUGGCAGUGAUCGACCAGAAGAGCUUAGUUGCCGGUUCAUUUGAUAGUAUUCUUGACCAAAACCCUAUAUAGGUUUGUAUAAAUCUUGUCUAUUACAUUGUAUAUAUUUGUUCCAUGUACUCAUAUUCGAAAAAGAAAAAUAGUAAAAGGAUAAGAGGAUAAAAUCAAGAGACAAUAGAGAAUGGAAGAGGAUUAACGUAAAAUGAAAACAAGAUUCAAUGCAUCGAAGAUUGGAAUAAGAAUAUAAACUAAACGAGAAAAUUUAGAGUAGGUCAAAAGGGGGGAACAUAAAAUUAUAGGACUUGUUUUCUCCAAUGAAUUAAGACUAGAGAUGAAAUUAGAAAAGCAUAAAAGAUUGCUCACAUGCAACCCAAAAUUCCUUUGUCCUCAAUAAUGCAUGUUUACAAACAAAUUUGUUUUAGAAUAUAGUAUUAGACAUCAAUUUUAAGAAUAUAGUAUUAGAGAAACGAAUUUAAAUGGUGUUUUGGUAAGAAUAUAUAUUGAGAAACUGAAUUUAGGAAGAUGUUGUAUACUAUAAUAGCCAAGCUGACAAGCAUAUGUGAUCAAGAAGAAAUAAAAACGAUAAGGAAAUACAUAGAUGCCCUUGGGAUUAGAAUAUGGAAGACGAACAAAGGCUGUGGCAGUAUUCUUUGAAGUUGCAUCCUAUAAAAUUGAAAGCACAUGCAUUAGCGUAUUUUGUAUUUGUGUGUUCGAUUAUUCUCUAGUUAAUUAACAACCACUUUUGGUGCACACGUUCUGAUUAUUGUACAUAUAGACUAAUGGGGAGUAUAUAUUAUAGUAUAAAAGAGUAAGAAAUAUACGAUCCAUUACCACCGUCCCUAACGUUGGUCGUAUAGCCAAACAUAAAUGGUCUUUGGUCUUCUGACACAAAGUAAGAUCGUACAAGAAAUUCUACUACUUGAUUCCUCAGAUACUCAUAUCAUAAUAAGAUCUCUAUGAGAUUUCAGCAUAUGUCGCCAUUUGUGUAGGUCAAAAGUCAAAACAUAGGUGGUUGUUUUUCAAGAUUAAUACACGUACAUAUAAUGGAUGCUUACGCAAUUACUUCAUCCUCAUAAUUAAGUCGACUACCAUCCAUCAUGCGGCCAUCAUUGCACUCUUUCUUUCCCAAUUAUUAAUACCAAACUCAUUGCUUUUAUGUGUUGUAUGAUUGAUAAGAACGAAAUUGUUUAUGUUUCAUAUGUAUAUGAAAUUAUCGCAGUUCAUGAACAUUCCAUCGUUUAAAUUUGGACCAUCACAUGCAAUAGUAUUUGGACUCGUUAUACAAGAUAUAUUCUCCUUUUAAUAGUUUUUCUAUUACGUAAUUUCACUAUAAUUUUUUUAUCAAUUGGGUCAUUAGAAUCUAAGGUAACAUGCUAAUCAUGGGUCUUAUCAUUCCUCAUCCUUUAUUUUCAGCUUAUUAUUUGUUGAUGAAUGAUGAGUCUAUCUAGUUAUAUCUGGCAUCUUGUUUUAAGUAUUUAUUUUGAUGAUCCUCUCCUCGUUAAUUGUUCACUCUCGUUUCUAAAAUACUUUUGUGAAUGACAAAAUCAGACCGAUCUAUGCUUUAGAUUUGAGCAGGACCAUAUGUAUGCAAUUCACUAGUGUAGUACAACCUUUGAGGUAUGCAUGAAACAUGCUACCAAGUGGAAAAUGAAUCAUUGCUAAUUAUAUAUAUAUUUGAUUGAUUGAUAAUUGGUAUAUCAUGGGCACAAUUGACUCAACGCAGAGCUAUUUUUAAAUGAUUUAUAAAGAUUUCAAAUAUUAAAGAAAAUGAAAAGAGAGAGAAAAGAAAGGUGUAACUCUUAUAUAAAGGGAUCGUGGAAGGGAUACUUUUCCAAGACCAACACACAUUCCUUUUCACUUUGUUCUUCUCCUCCAACUAGCGAAAAAGAUAUAGAAAACAUUUGUUUAUCCUCAUAGAGAAAUAAGAAGGAUGAACACAACAUCGUCCAAGAGCAAGAAGAAGCAAGAAGAGGGUGGUGCGAGGUUUCUUGGGGUGAGAAGGAGACCUUGGGGAAGAUACGCGGCUGAGAUUAGAGACCCAACAACCAAGGAGCGUCACUGGCUUGGCACGUUUGAUACGGCCGAGGAAGCUGCCUUGGCCUACGAUAGAGCCGCUCGGUCCAUGCGUGGCACUCGUGCCCGAACCAACUUCGUUUACUCAGACAUGCCUCCUUCAUCCUCCGUCACCUCUAUUAUUUCUCCUGAUGAUCCGCCUCCACCUCCACCUCCUGCUGCAGAUGCUCCUCCUUGUUCUAAUGAUCCUGUCGAUUACAUGAUGAUGUUUAACCAAUAUUCAUCAACAGAUUCGCCAAUGCUGCAGCCUUACUCUGAUCAAGUGGACAGCAGUUACAUGUUUGGUGGCUCAUCUUCUUGUUAUUCUAACAGCAGCAGCGAGUUGCCUCCUCUGCCAAGCGACUUGUCAAAUUCUUGUUAUAGCCAACCACAGUGGAGCGUUGACGACUACUCGACCGCUACCUAUUUCGAGGGUGACUACGUCCAUAGUCCAAUGUUCAGCACAAUGCCUCCGGUUUCUGACUCUUUCAACCACUUCGGCUCCUAUAAUUAACAUAUAUUCUCAUCCAUAUUUAAUUGUUUUCUCAUUUGUAUUUUUGUUUUGGAUUUCAGUAUGUUUCGCCGUCCUUGGUCUAUGAUCAAAGUGAUUGUUUGUCUUAUUUUUGAAUAAAUAAAUUAUUUUUCUCUUUUGUAUCUUAACCAAUGAAAACAAACAUCUCCUUUGUGUCCAUUCACAAAUUCUCACAUAAUAUUCGCUAUGGGCCUGUGAACUCAAAAGCCCAUUCAUGGAUACUUGAUGGGCUGUGGCAUGUUUGGUUUCUUAU